AUGCCAUCCCUUCUUGAGAGCAAAAUCGCCUUCCUGGGCGGAGGCAACAUGGCCUCGGCCAUCAUCGGCGGCCUCGUGAGCAAAGGCGUCAACAAGCAAAACAUCUGCGUCUCCGAGCCCUGGGAAGUGAAUCGGGAGAAGAUCGCCGCUGUCGGCGUGAACACUACGACUUCCAACGUCGAAGCCGCAGGGGAAUCGGAUAUUGUCAUUAUCGCGGUGAAGCCGCAGGUUGCCAAGACGGUGUGUGAGGAGUUGGGUGCUGCGUGGGCGGGGCGUGAGUCGCUGCCGGUUGUGGUUAGUAUUGCGGCGGGGAUCACGCUGGAGAGUCUGCAGGAGUGGUUGAAGACGGGCGAUGGGAGGAUUGCGCAUGUUGUGCGUGUGAUGCCCAACACACCGGCGCUGGUUAGUGAGGGUGCUUCGGGGCUGUUCGCCAGCAAGGAUGUCACGGGUGAGGAGAAGGAGUUGGUGAAUGCGCUGCUGAGCAGUGUGAGCAAGGCGACUGAGUGGGUGGAGAAGGAAGAGCUGCUCGACGUUGUCACUGGGCUGUCUGGCUCCGGACCUGCCUACUUCUUCGCCAUGGUCGAGCACCUCAUCGCCAGUGCAACCGCUCUCGGUCUACCAAAGGAACAAGCCACUCGUCUCGCCGCGCAAACAUGUCUCGGAGCAGGCAAGAUGCUGGUCGAGUCCUCUGAUGACCCGUCCCAGCUGCGCAAAAACGUCACCAGUCCGAACGGAACUACCUUUGCUGCUCUGCAGAGCUUCGAGGCAGAGGGAUUCGCUGAAAUCGUGAACAAGUCUGUCAAGGCGGCGACGAACCGCUCGGCGGAAUUGGGUGGUGCGAAGUAA